AGUGGCUAGGCCCUCUUUAUAAUCAACUGUAGUUAGGAAAGGAACCGAACAUAGCAGUAUUCCCUCGCCCAACUUGUUAUUUAAAACCUUGAAUCCACUCCUUGUUGAAGCCAAGAAGCCUUCAGUGCUUACAGACAUUAAUAAUGUCUAACAUCCACACUGCAACCAACAACAUGAAAAAGUUGUCAAGCUAUUUGCAUUCCCUAUCCCAAACCCCUCACAGGCUCAGAAAAAGAAUGCUGGCUACUUGGACCCCUGACGAGGAAUUCAACCAAGUGAGGCACAGAUCUGGGGCUGACAUGAAGAGGAAGCUCAAGUGGUAUGAUCUUGUUGCUCUUGGUGUUGGAGGAAUGCUUGGUGUUGGAGUCUUUGUCACUACUGGCUCUGUUGCCCUUCAUCACUCUGGUCCUUCAGUCUUCAUUUCCUACAUCAUAGCAGGAGUUUCAGCCCUUCUCUCCUCUCUUUGUUACACUGAAUUUGCUGUUCAAGUUCCAGUUGCUGGAGGAGCUUUCAGCUAUUUAAGAUUAACGUUUGGAGAAUUCUUGGGAUAUUUUGCUGGGGCAAAUAUACUAAUGGAGUAUGUGUUCUCAAACGCUGCCGUGGCAAGGAGCUUUACAGAAUAUUUGAGCAUUGCGUUUGGAGAAAGUGAUCCAAAUGUGUGGAGAGUGGAAGUUCAUGGAUUGCCAAAGGAUUAUAACAUGUUGGAUUUUCCAGCUGUGGUUCUCAUUCUUCUUCUCACUCUCUGCUUGUGUCAUAGUACAAAGGAAAGCUCCGUGUUGAACCUCAUUAUGACAGCCUUCCAUGUGAUUUUCUUUGGAUUCAUCAUAAUCGCUGGUUAUUGCAAUGGAAGUGCCAAAAACUUGGUUAAUCCAAAAGGACUAGCUCCUUUUGGUGUUAGAGGUGUUCUUGAUGGAGCAGCAAUAGUCUACUUCAGUUAUAUAGGCUAUGACUCAGCUUCAACCAUGGCUGAGGAGGUCAAAGACCCUUUUAAAAGCCUACCCAUUGGAAUUGUGGGUUCAGUUCUUAUAACCACAUUGCUUUAUUGCCUAAUGGCUGUGUCUUUGUGCAUGAUGGUUCCUUACAACAAGAUAUCAGAGAAAGCUUCAUAUUCAAUGGCUUUUCUGAAAAUUGGUUGGAGUUGGGCAAGCAACUUUGUUGGGGUAGGUGCAAGUUUGGGAAUAGUGGCUUCUCUCUUGGUUGCCAUGUUAGGCCAAGCAAGAUACCUUUGUGUUAUAGGAAGGGCAAGGUUGGUGCCAUCUUGGUUAGCCAAAGUGCAUCCUUCAACAGGCACCCCAUUGAAUGCCACAGUCUUUUUGGGAGUUUGCACAGCAUCAAUUGCACUAUUCACGGAGCUUGACAUUAUAAUUGAGUUGAUCAGCAUCGGCACACUAAUGGUGUUCUACAUGGUAGCCAAUGCUCUGAUAUACCGUCGAUAUGUAAUCACUAGCCAUGCCCCACCUUUUCACACUCUCUUGUUCCUCUUUCUCCUUUCCCUGAGUGCACUAUGCUUCUCCAUUGCGUGGAAAUUCAAGCAGCAAUGGUGGGGCCUCUUGCUUUUUGGUGCCUUUAUGAUCACCAUCACUGCCUUCUUCCAACACGUGGCGCCAAACACCACCACCAUGGCCUCCACCCAUUGGUCAGUGCCAUUCAUGCCAUGGCCACCCGCCAUGUCCAUCUUUCUCAACGUUUUCCUCAUGACCACGCUCAAAAUCCUCUCUUUCCAACGUUUCGCCAUAUGGGCAUGCCUCAUCACCAUCUUCUACGUGCUCUAUGGCGUUCACUCCACCUACGAGGCAGAGGAGAUUGCUACUGAUCAAGUCAAUUCAAGUGCACACAACUUGCAAUCCAAGGUGGAAAUUCAAGUGCAUUAGUUGAAGCAAGCUAUUCAAUUGGCCAAAUUAUUUCAUGGGAAAGAGACAAGGGAUAUUCUAAAUGUAUGUGUGUGUGUGUGAUAGAAAGAGGCAAACUCUUGAAGCAACAAUGAUUCUUUAGUAGUGGGAAACAUUGAAUUGAGUUGAACUCCAAUGCGGGCGCAUUGUGCAGUCUUUUGAAUAACUUGUAUUGUUGUGUCAUUUCGGUAGCAUGUCAAAACUCAAAUGGUGGGUCAAAAUCAGGUGAGAGUGGGUUUAGUUUAGCAAUCUCUCCACUAUCUUUGGCUUGAAUUAAGGACCAAGCUAGCUAGCCAACCCCAGACUGGGGCACAAAAGUGUAUAUAUAUCUUAUAGUAGUAUUGUAUUCCUCGUAUUAAUUAUUAGUUUGUAGUAUUAUUGUUGUUGCAUCUC